UGCAAUGAACGCAGGCGAACGGGGUGGUCGUGUUGCCUGUUUUUAUUUUAACUGUAAUAUUAUAGUGCAGUUAGUAUGAACAUAAAGUUUAAUAAUAUUUUUUAGUGACUAAAUAUUGUGUUCGUAGAAAAUAAACAGAUUUUUGUACCUAUGUUUUGAGCGCUGCACCGCACAGAUGCCAGAAUCAAGUUUAUGAUAGAGAGCCAGCAGAGCUGAGAAGCUAAGACCAUGGCUUUGAGAGGGGAAGGUGAGAGUCUGCUCAGACCUGAGCAGAACGCUGUCGUGAUGCCGCAGAACAGGGGAGCUGGGUGGGAGGCAGAGGGGGAGAAGGCGCCGUUUCUUCGCAACGAGCCGGUGAAGCUGACCCCGGCGUGGGAGGGCACCAACCUGCCCAAUGACACGCUCAACCUGAAAGGAAUCGCCAUGGACUUGGCGCCGCCAAAGGACAAAUGGAACCUGAUCUACCUCACUCUCAUACUCCACGGUCUCGGCACGCUGGCCGCGUGGAACAUGUUCAUAACGGCGAAGGAUUACUUCGUGAAGUACAAACUGGUCGAUACGCCGCAGUUGGCGACCAACUAUUUGGCGUACGUCGGCUGGGCGAGCCAAUUGCCAAAUGUGCUGUUCAAUUGGCUCAAUAUCUUUGUACAGUUCGGCGGUAAUCUCACGACUCGCAUAGUUUGGUCGCUAUGCAUAGAAGUGGGCAUCUUCGUGUUCACCAUAAUCCUGGCCAUGUUGGACACCAGGGGCUGGCCCACGGUGUUCUUCUGGCUCACCAUGAUAUCUGUACUCCUCCUCAAUGCGUUCAACGCCAUCUUCCAGAACUCCGUAUACGGCGUAGCGGCCCGACUUCCACCCAAAUACACUGGCGCCGUGGUCUUCGGCUCCAACAUCUGUGGCACCUUGGUGGUGUUCCUGGACUGGGGGUCCCAUAGCUUCGGCAGUAUACGAACGGCAGCCAUAUACUACUUCAUAGCAGGAAUAUUGGUUUUGCUCGUCUGCUUUGAUACGUACUUCGCUCUGCCACUUAAUAGGUUCUACCGCUACCACGACACGCUCCAGCAGCGCACCCUGCGCGUGAACCCCGCGCUGGCGGCGCACGAUGCGCGCGCGCCGCCGCCCAAGCGGCCGCCGUACUGCGCCAUAGUGCGGCAGGCGUGGGUGCAGCUCUACAAUAUCUUCGUCAUAUUCUUCGUCACGUUGACUAUAUUCCCCGCGGUUCACUCAGAAAUCCAACCGAUCACGGACGGCUUCCUCGGUAACAACUUCGUGCGGGUGACGUGUUUCCUCACGUUCAACUUUAUGGCCAUGAUAGGCAACAUCACGGCCAGCUUGUGGCAAUAUCCGACCCGCCGCUGGCUGUCAGUGUUCACGACACUCCGCUUCCUGUUCAUCCCGUUCUUCCUCCUCUGCAACUACAAGCCGGCGUCGCGGUCGCUGCCUAUCCUCGUGUCCAACGACUGGGUGUACUGGGCGGGCUCGGCGCUGUUCGGCUGGAGCUCCGGCCACGGCAGCUCGCUGGCCAUGAUGUAUGUCAGCGGCGGCAAUGUGGCUCCCGAACACGCAUCUACAGCGGGCAUGCUCGGCUCCGCCACCCUCGUCUCGGGCAUCUUCAGCGGCCUCCUCUUCACCUACAUAUGUCCGCUGAUCGUGAACAUCAACAUCUAGCGACCACUCAAACUGGCACACGCCUUCUGGAACAUACUCCGGGGAGUCUGACAGUGAAAUGUCACACUCAGUGCCCGUUGAGACAUAGAUGUGUAGUGUUAGUGCAACUGUGAAGUGAAUAGACAAUUGUUGUAGGCUCCGCAAAGCCUUAUAAGUGAAGUGCCCAAAAUAGGUGAUAAAUUUUUUGCAGAAGACUAUUUAUCAACUUGACUUAACUCUAACUUGACAUAUGUUUCUCGAAAAUGACUUCUGUUGUCUUCUAUUAAACGAUUCCUAUAAGACACGACUGCCCUAGAACGAAUAGGAUUUCGAAACGAAGUUUUAACGUCCAUUAUCUAAUGACGAUAUUAUGUUAAAACAAAUAACAUUUUUUUACUGAAGCAAAGUAUAAAGCAGUAAUUGUCUUAAAAUCCAGCAGAAAUAAAUGACAGCUUUAAAAAUGUCGGCUCAGUUAAUUCUAAGGCAAACAUUUAAAAACUUCAUGAUUGAUAUUAUUCAGCUAUUGACCGAAGUUAGAAAAUGGAGGUGAAGCGGAGUGUCUUGUUAUUUGACCAAACAAACCAAUUUGGUAUACAUUUUUUUAAUGUAUUUUCUAUUAUUUGAUGCCUUUGCAUUUUUAUCUCAGUUCAUGAAUAACUGAUAAAAGUUAUUAAGGUAGGUUGGUUGGUACCUAUUGAACAUUAUUUGUUCCUGUUUGCAUGUGUAUACAAACAAACAUACUCUUAUAUGAAAUACAUGCUUUUACUUCAUCUCACCUUUAUGUUUGACCACUACAGAAUGAAUAUUUAUGAAUUAUUUCAUCAUGAAAUCAAAUUUGAGUAUUUACAAAACCAAAUCAAACUAAAUGCAGAGAACUGCCUAAAUGAGACUAUAUUUGUAUAAAAUAAUGUAGAAAAUAAAUGGAUACUGUUUGUCUUGCCAAUAGAUAGUUAUGAAUAGGACUAAAUAAUAACAUACAAAAUGGUUAAACUAGAUACAUAUAUUACAGAAUUAGCUAGGCCCAAAGUUAUCUCAUGUUAUGAGAUAUUUGAUAUAAAAACGGAAAAUUAAGUACCUUUUGGUAAUAAGUCACAGAGGUCAGUAAUAGCUAUAUCAGCUUAAUUUUUACAAUAUCAUGUAUUAAUUAAGCAUACAUAUGGUCACGUCUAUAUCUCUUUUGGGUAAGACGGAGCCAGCAGUCUUGGAAGACUGACAGGCCAUGUUCAUCCAUGUUCAAGUUUGUAUUAAUUAAAACAUUUUAAAAAUGUUGUUAUUAUUUAGUCCUAUUGGAAAAUAUGUAAAGGAAUUGCUUAUGCUUUGACAAUGUAUUGGUAAAUUAAGAUACUAUAAAUUAAUAAAUAUAUCCAGUGCAGUACUAAGCUACCCUUAUAUCAAAGGUAUAAUAUCGCCUUGCAACAGUUUCACGAAUGUUUAAACUAUUGACCUUGAUUUUUUCACCUCAUUGUAAAGACUAUAUAUACUCUUAGUUUUCAUAGGACAUAGUUUUCAUUUAAAUUCAAAUAAUACAUUGAAAUUGGAAAUUAAAGUUGUAUGAAAGCUAGUGUGUACAGGUCUUAAUAACUCAUAUGUAUAACAAUAUCGAAAUUAUAUUGAUUAACAAGAUAUUUAUGAUAUGAACAUUUGCAUUUGUAUAAGGUUAUAUAUUGUUCAAGUUUGUUAGUACUAUAGAGAUUUUUUAUCGUAGCUAGUACAAUGUAUGUAAAUUUACGUGAAUAAGAUUAUUUGAAUGUCAUCAUAAUGAUAAGUAAUUAUAUGUGGAAUUGACAUAGAUUUGUGAGUAAAUAUGUCUUGAAAGAAACAGGAUGCUGCCUAUAUGAGUCUACCAUUGUUUGAGUUUGAAUACUUUCAACAAGGGUUUCAUGGGUAGGCCACUAGCUUGUGGCACGGCUUUUUUUUGUAGAGGCUUGUUUUUUUUUUCGAAUUGACUCAAGAUUAUAAAAAUACAUCAUUAUUGUAUAUUGUUCUCAAAAUAUACUAAACAAAUGACGCUAUUCCCAUUUCCUAACUAUUAGUUUUUAACAUUAUUUUUGAUGUUCAAGAAUUACUCAGAUAUUAUGAAAAUCCAAAGUGCUACUAUUUUAAGUAAAUAGGUUUAUAUAAUUAUAUGUUUGACGCACAUUUUUUUUGCAAAUGAUUUAUAUGGCAAAAAUAUUACACAUUGAACUUAAAGAAAUUAUCGGAAUAUGAAAAUAAAAAUAUUUUGUCGUAUAAAUCCUCUAAUUAUUUUAAUAAAAUUAGUAAGAUCGUUGCAUUUUUAGACUAGGCUGACAUGCAUCAUUAUUAAUUAUACCUAGUUUUAUUAUAAACUAAUAAUGUUAUAAGAAAACCUCAUUAAAAUACGAUAGUUAUCAUUUGCGAUACGUUUUUGUAUAUUGAGUAUGAUUCCAUUGAAUUGUCAAACCUUCUAUUCUACAUACAUUUUUAUAAGACAAAAUAUCUGGUUAUCUUUGUCUUAUUUUAUGUAUAACAUUAACAAGUUGACCCUUUUUACAUUCAUUUACUAGUUUAAGUUUUUAUUUAAAUGUGUCACGAUGCUUGAUUUUGAUAAUUGGCAAAUUAGGGAAUAAUUUUUAAAAUAUUCUUCAGUGACAACUAUUUUUUCUUUCAUCGCUUAAGCGUGAAUUUUAUGUAUUAUGUAGUAUAUUUGUUGAAAUUACAUGAAUACUAUGUCGUCUUUUCUAACAAAUCACGUUUGACAGACUGAAAUACUAACAUUGUUUAAGUUUUACAUGACGCUAAUAAUUAUAGGUUAUCUCUUUCGAAUAAGUUGUCAAAGAAAGAGAACUGUACACUUUUGAAUAACUAGUGUCACUAAGUCUUACGUCUAAUUAUUUACAGAAGGUGCUCUGAUAUUAUUUAGGCAGUUUUAACUAGCUUUAUGGUGGCAUAAAAAAAUCAUAGUACAACUUAAACAUGCCAAACUGACCAAUCAUGUUUCAUUUCUAAUGAACGGAGAGCUGUGGUUGGUUCCCUUAAUUUGAAAAAAAAAAACCCCUAAAAUUCUUCGCCAAUUUUCUUUUGAUGAUUAAACCUUUGAUGAAUGAAAAUUAAAAUUAACUAAGAAAGAUGAAACGCUUCGUCUUUGAUUGAAAAUUAUAAUGUUUUUUUUAUUAAUGGGGUUUUCUGAAAAAUUACACCUAAUGGAAAUACAACUCUUUGGUAUAAGUUAAAUCCUUUUGAAAUUCUGAAUAUAUAACUUAAAGUGAUCGCUAGUUAAAACUCGCUUAAGUACAAUUUGCCAAAAACCAAUAUAUUCAAGUGCCUAUAGAUAUCAAAUGUCAGGUUAUUUUUUAUUUAGCAUACCUAGAAAUGAUUUGUUUUGUGAACAUUUCCCCUUAUCCCCGAGUGGUUGUUAUACUUUAUUUAUUACUUAGUAAACAUAUUUUAAUUUCAAA